AUGGCGUUGGCGGCCAUUUACCAAGGUAUAGGAGAAGAUACCUUGCUUCAAUUGGGAGCGAAGAAGACUGCAAAGGAGGCAUGGAACAUGCUGAAAACCAUGAACCAAGGGGCUGACAAGGUUAAAGAGGUGCGAACUCAGACGUUGUGGAGGGAGUUCGAAGCCUUGAGAAUGAGCGAUUCCGAGAAUGUUGAUGAUUUCUCAGGAAAGCUUACAAUUAUCGUUAACAAAUUGAGGAGCCUUGGGAAUACUGUAGAGGACGAGAAAGUGGUGAAGAAAUUGUUGAGAUCAGUUUCGUCAAAGUUUCUUCAGAUCGCGUCCACCAUUGAAGAGUUUAGUGACCUAACCACCAAAUCGAUUGAGGAGGUGAUAGGUUCACUCAAAGCUCAUGAAGAAAGACUGCUUAGCUGUGGUGGGAGAUCUGACGAAACAGUUCUUCUUACAAGAGCAGAGUGGAAGGCGAGGGAAGAAGCUAAGAAGAACAAAGGAAAUGAAAAUCAAAAGAAACCACCAGCUCGAGAGGCGGACGAGGAAGAGGAUGUGGUCGGCGAGAGAAACGAUGGCAGUCAUCAAAGAAAGGAGGAAGAACCACAACAACAAAGGAAGAAAUUUGAUAAAUCAAAGAUCAAAUGCUAUGGAUGUGGAAAAAUGGGACACUUCGCAUCAGAAUGCUCAUCAAAGGAGAAAGAGGAGCAAGCAAAUCUGACCGAGAGAGAUGAUGAAGAAACGAUCCACGUUGAUGAUUGA